GCCAUCCGCCCUCCCUAACAGCCAUGGCGGACGGCGCGGAGGCGGCGCGGCUGAGUGCUGAGAUCGGCCAGCGGGAGCAGGAGCUGCGCGGCUUACGAGAGCGGCUGGCCACCGUCUUGCUGGGGGACGCCGCGGCCACAGAGGACGGUGCCUCUGCCUUUCCCGGCGAUCUGCCCCCUCUGCCCGCUCAGGCCUCUCUGAGUCCCGCCGACAUCCUGCGGUACAGCCGGCAGCUGGUGCUGCCUGAGCUGGGCGUGCGGGGGCAGCUGCGCCUGGCCCGCUCCUCCGUGCUCGUGGUGGGCUGCGGCGGCCUGGGCUGCCCCCUGGCCCAGUACCUGGCCGCAGCUGGCAUCGGCCGCCUGGGUCUGGUGGAUCACGACGUGGUGGAGACGAGCAACCUGCACCGGCAGGUGCUGCACGGGGAGGCCCGCCGAGGGCUCCCCAAGGCCAUAUCUGCCGCGGCCGCCCUGCGGCUGCUCAACUCCACGGUGCAGUACGUGCCGUACUGCGGCGCCCUGAGCCCUCGCACUGCCCUGGAGCUGGUGCGGCAGUACGACGUCGUCGCCGACUGCUCCGACAACGUGCCCACCAGGUACUUGGUGAAUGACGCCUGCGUUUUGGCUGACAAACCCCUGGUGUCUGGUAGUGCCCUCCGCCUAGAGGGGCAGCUAGUCGUGUACAACUACCAUGGAGGGCCCUGCUACAGGUGUCUCUUCCCCAAGCCCCCUCCACCAGAGACGGUGACUAACUGUGCGGAUGGGGGAGUGCUGGGUGUCGUGCCUGGCAUCAUGGGGUGCAUCCAGGCCUUGGAGGUGCUGAAGAUUGUCUCGGGAAUGGGUUCCUCGUUCAGUCAGUUCAUGCUGAUGUUUGAUGCCCGCGAAGGGAGAUUUCGCAACAUCAAGUUAAGACCAAAGAAACCAGACUGUGAUGUCUGUGGUGACAAUCCAUCUGUCACUUGCCUGCAGGAUUAUGAGGCAUUUUGUGGUUCUUCUGCAACAGACAAGUGUAAGACUUUACAUCUGCUAUCCAGUAAAGACAGGAUAUCUGUAGAGCAAUACAAAAAAUUGUUGGAUGAGCAAGUUCCUCAUGUUUUAGUAGAUGUUCGUCCGCCAGUAGAGGUGGAUAUCUGUCACCUGGUACAUGCUGUUCACAUUCCUCUGAGUAAGCUAGAAGAAAAAGAUGAAGAAUAUCUGGAAUACUUAAAAAAAAGAAUUUGUGAAGAAAAGCAGAGGACUAACAGCCAAACAUCUUUUCCUGUAUAUGUUGUUUGCAAAUUAGGAAAUGAUUCCCAGAAGGCUGUAAAAAUUUUGCAGGAGUUACCUGUCAAAGAAUUUGGUUCUGUGUUGGCUAAGGAUAUUAAAGGGGGGCUCAUGGCAUGGGCUAGUAAAAUUGACCCAACAUUCCCUCAGUAUUAGAAAUUUAAAUGGUGAAAAAAAAUACGAAUUUUCGUAGUAAAUUCUAUAGGGGUCCAUCUUCUUUGUGUAAUGACUAUAUCACAUGGAUAAAACUGGGGAUAGAAAUACCAUGUUGCUUUUUUUAAUGUUAACUUUUCUUCAAAAUAACCCUGUAUUUUUGUAGAUGCUUGUUUAUUUUUUAUAAAAAUGUGAAACUGUUCAUGGAAAUGGAAAGAAAUGUGUUUUCUUGGUGGUUAUUCCAAGCUCUCAUUAUUAAAUAAUUACUUAAUUGUG